AUGGGAAAAGAAAAGACUCACGUUAACGUCGUUGUUAUUGGUCACGUCGACUCUGGUAAAUCCACCACUACCGGCCACUUGAUCUACAAGUGUGGUGGUAUCGACAAGAGAACCAUCGAGAAGUUUGAAAAGGAAGCUGCCGAGCUUGGUAAGGGUUCCUUCAAGUACGCUUGGGUUUUGGACAAGUUGAAGGCUGAGAGAGAAAGAGGUAUCACCAUCGAUAUCGCUUUGUGGAAGUUCGAGACUCCAAAGUACCACGUUACUGUUAUUGAUGCUCCAGGUCACAGAGAUUUCAUCAAGAACAUGAUUACUGGUACUUCCCAGGCUGACUGUGCUAUUUUGAUCAUUGCUGGUGGUACCGGUGAGUUCGAGGCUGGUAUCUCCAAGGACGGUCAAACCAGAGAGCACGCUUUGUUGGCUUUCACCCUUGGUGUUAGACAACUGAUUGUUGCUGUCAACAAGAUGGACUCUGUCCAAUGGUCUGAGGCCAGAUUCGAGGAAAUUGUCAAGGAAACCUCUAACUUCAUCAAGAAGGUUGGUUACAACCCUAAGACUGUUCCAUUCGUCCCAAUCUCUGGUUGGAACGGUGACAACAUGAUUGAGCCUUCUUCUAACUGUCCAUGGUACAAGGGAUGGCAAAAGGAGACCAAGUCCGGUGUCGUCAAGGGUAAGACUCUUCUUGAGGCCAUUGACGCCAUUGAGCCACCUGCCAGACCAUCUGACAAGCCAUUGAGAUUGCCAUUGCAAGAUGUCUACAAGAUUGGUGGUAUUGGUACUGUUCCAGUCGGUAGAGUUGAGACUGGUGUCAUUAAGGCUGGUAUGGUUGUUACUUUCGCCCCAGCUGGUGUUACCACUGAAGUCAAGUCCGUCGAGAUGCACCACGAGCAGCUUACUGAGGGUCUUCCAGGUGACAAUGUUGGAUUCAACGUCAAGAACGUUUCCGUCAAGGAAAUUAGAAGAGGUAACGUCUGUGGUGACUCCAAGAACGACCCACCUCAAGGAUGUGCUUCCUUCAACGCUCAAGUUAUCAUCUUGAACCACCCAGGUCAGAUCUCUGCUGGUUACUCUCCAGUUUUGGACUGCCACACUGCCCACAUUGCCUGCAGAUUCGACCAAUUGCUCGAGAAGAUCGACAGAAGAACCGGUAAGAAGAUCGAGGAGAACCCUAAGUUCGUCAAGUCUGGUGACGCUGCUAUUGUUAAGAUGAUCCCAUCUAAGCCAAUGUGUGUUGAGACCUUCACUGAGUACCCACCAUUGGGAAGAUUUGCCGUCAGAGAUAUGAGACAAACCGUUGCCGUCGGUGUCAUCAAGUCCGUUGACAAGACUGCUGCCGGUGCCGGAAAGGUCACCAAAGCUGCUCAAAAGGCUGCUAAGAAAUAA